UACGAGUGUACAUGCAUGGUAGUCGCCUAGUCGGUCAAGUGUUCACAAUGUAUAAAAAUUCACUCGUCUUACCGUUCACGUUUUAGUCUAGAUCUGUUCAUCGUACAGUUGAGAACUAAAUAAAAAUAAAUUUCUAUCACUUUAACAAAAUAUUUUCCUGCAAAAAUCUUCCAAACAGGAUAAACAAGUUAAGAAAUAAAUCAAAUCUAAAAAUAUUUCUAAAAGAUCUACAACAACCGGCAAAUAAAAUCAAAACGUCAAGUUCAUUGCCAACAAAAAGUUUUUUUUUCGUGACUUAAAAGCAAUUAAAAAUAGCAAUUGUUCGAUAUAAUUUUUUCCUUUUGCACUUUCUAAUUGCCAUCGAAUCCGAUUUGCUAUCACCUUUAAAAAUAAUCGAGAAAACAAAAACAUUUGACGAGCAAAUUUUCUGGUGAAUAAAAAAUUAAAAAUUUGAGAACAAAGAGAUAAAAAAUAAAAUUGUGAGCAAACGAUGUAUAAAGCAUUGGUGAUAUUUGUGGCUGGAUAUUUAACCGUCACAUCAGUGAAUUCUGAUCACUGGCACUAUGCUGUAGAAGGACCCAAUGGAGUUGUGAAUGAUAAUGAAGAUUGGGGUGGAAUGUGUGCUGCUGGAAUGCGACAAAGUCCCGUCGAUUUGGCACACGAUGCUUCGAUUAAAGGAGAAUAUCCCGGAUUUAUUUUUGAAAACUACGACACUCCGAUGAAAACUCCCGACAUUAUCAACAAUGGACACUCAAUUCAAAUAAGCACGACGCCAGGUGAAAUCUCUGUCAGCGGUGGUGGCCUUCCCGGCACUUACAUUUUCGAUCAAAUGCAUUUCCAUUGGGCAUCUGAACAUUUGAUUAACAACGACAGAUACGCUCUUGAAUUGCAUAUGGUUCACCAUGAAAAACGUUUCGAAAGCAUUACACGAGCUGCACAAGAGAAAAAUGGCGUUGCCGUUCUUGGAAUUCUCUUCCAUGUUUCAUUAGAACCCAACAUGAUCAUUGAAAAUAUUUUGUUGAAUGCAGGAAACAUUUUCGAAGCAGUUGGGAGAAAUCAAACUUACAAAGACAAACUUUUGCUUGAUGAUUUGUUGCCAAAGCGUUUGCAAAGUUAUUUCCGAUACGAAGGUUCGUUGACAACACCUGGAUGUGGUGAAGCUGUCGUUUGGACUGUGUUUGAUCAAUCGAUUCCUAUUUCUAUGGAUCAGGUUGAACGAUUUAAAGCUGUUCAGGAUGACGAGGGACAAAAACUCACUCACAACUACCGACAUAUUCAACCACUUAACAGUCGAGCUUUAGUUUAUAUUCAAGGCUCUACAGAAUAUUCCGCGGCAUCAUUCAAAGGCGCUUCAAUGUUUUUGAUGUUCGUCUCCUUAGUUAUCACAACAUUGGGAAUGAAAUUGAAAUAAGUUACAAAAUCUCGUUUUGUUGUUAAUUGUGCCAUUAUUAAGGUUUACAUUUUAUUAGUUUUUGCAUUUAAAGCACAAAAGCAAUCAUUUAAGCAUACAAAGUUACCAACUACACACAACACAAUUUAAUGUUAAUCAGAAUGUCCACGAGAAUAAAAUUUACUAGUCAUAAUGUGGAAUAAAUCAUUCUUAAUCUUAACUAUCAAUAAUUAAAUAAUAUUUAGCAAUUAAUUUGGAAACAUUUAUGGACAAUUAAAAUAUGAAGCGACGAUAAUUGCACGAUGUGGUUAAAUUUUUAAAUGUUAACUAAGUAAGAGAAAAGAGUUAAACACAAUUUUAUGUUAAGUUAAAUGUUGAACAAAGCAAUAAAGGUUAAAAAAAAGAUUAAGAAAGA